UGUGUGUGUGUGUGUGUGUGUGUGUGUGUGUGUGUGUGUGUGUGUGUGUGUGUGUGUGUGUGUGUAAAGGAAUGACAGCCUCUCUCUCCAUGAAUAGCCGCAGUGUGGCGGGCUGGUGCGCGGCGAGGCCGCUGAGAGGGCGCGGUGGGCGGGGGGAGAGUUCAGCAUGGCCCGCUCGGAUCAGGUGACCGUGCGGAGGAUCCGGAGCUGCAGCAGCGGCCGCGCGGAGAAUGAGCAGCCCGGGGGAGAAGCGCGGCGGCGGGGAGGACGGAGAGGACGAAGCGCUGGAGUUCAGCUUCUACGACGAGGAUGAUUUUGAAGCUUUUCCGGAGGCGGAGGGAGACUGUGAUCAGGGAGUUCUGGGAUUCAGAGAUCCAUUCAGCGGUGAGGUGAAGCCGCGGAUACUGCUGAUGGGUUUACGGCGCAGCGGGAAGUCCUCCAUACAGAAGGUGGUGUUCCACAAGAUGUCCCCCAACGAGACCCUGUUCCUGGAGAGCACCAAUAAGAUCUGCAGGGAGGACGUGUCCAACAGCUCCUUCGUCAGCUUCCAGAUCUGGGACUUUCCUGGACAGAUCGAUUUCUUCGACCCCACCUUCGACUACGAGAUGAUAUUCCGAGGGACGGGAGCGCUCAUCUUCGUUAUUGACUCUCAGGAUGAUUAUGUGGAAGCUCUGAGCAGACUGCAUCUCACCGUGACUCGAGCGUAUAAAGUGAACCCGGACAUUAACUUCGAGGUGUUCAUUCACAAAGUGGACGGACUUUCUGACGACCACAAGAUCGAGAAACAGAGAGACAUCCACAAACGAGCCAACGACGACCUGGCAGACGCUGGAUUAGAGAGGAUACAUUUAAGCUUCUACCUGACGAGUAUCUACGAUCACUCCAUCUUCGAGGCUUUCAGUAAAGUGGUGCAGAAGCUCAUUCCACAGCUGCCCACCCUGGAGAACCUGCUCAACAUUUUUAUAUCUAACUCCGGGAUCGAGAAGGCGUUCCUGUUCGACGUGGUCAGCAAGAUCUACAUCGCCACAGACAGCAGUCCUGUAGACAUGCAGACGUACGAGCUGUGCUGCGACAUGAUUGAUGUGGUCAUUGACAUCUCCUGUAUCUACGGGUUAAGUGGGGAUGAUGCCGGUUCUCCGUAUGAUAAAGAGUCCAUGGCCAUCAUCCACCUGAACAACACCACGGUGAUGUACCUGAAAGAGGUCACCAAAUUCCUGGCCCUGGUGUGUUUCCUCAGGGAGGAGAGUUUUGAGAGGAAAGGACUGAUUGACUACAACUUCCACUGUUUCAAGAAGGCCAUCGAGGAGGUGUUUGAUGUUCGGUUGAAGGUGCAGAAAAGCCGGAAGCUUCUGAGCCAGAGGAGGUGGAGCAAACAGGCUGUGCCAAACGGGACACACCCACAACACCACUGAAGCACCAUCACUAUCACCAUUAUCACCAUUAUCAUCCUCCUCCUUCUCUUAAGUGUAGGGGUGUAACAAUACAAUAUAGCACAAAUCACCGACACCACCGGCCACCAUCAUUACCACCCACUGCACUGCACUGCACUGCACUGUCCACUGCACUGUCCACUGUGGGUGGUAAUAUUAGCCUUCUCUGACUGUAUGGAUUGAGAAAUGUUCAGCCAUACUCACCAGAUAACACCUCGUAACUUAUACAAGUGUUCCCAAGCCGUCCCCUGGGGUAACCCUUCGUGAUCAAUUUAUGUAACUUUGUCCCAUGACUUUUGGCAUGUUUAAUAAUAUAAUAUAAUUAAUUGUUAAUGCAUAACGCAGCAAAAACUAUUUGACCAAUUGAAUCAGAUGGAUGGGUGAUAUUGAUUGGCUAUCCAUAUUACAUUCUGAUUGGCUGUAGGUUCUUUAGCUAUACCCUAAUUUGGUAUUCUUUAAUUACAUUCUGAUUGGUUAGCCACACUUCAGUUAAACACUGAUUGGUUAAUUGUACACUCUUUUUGGUUGUCCAUGCUUCAGUUAUACUGUGAUUGGUUAUCUGUAUUUCAGGUACAUUGUGAUUUGCUACAAGUACUUUAGUUACACUCUGAUUGGCAAGCCAUAUUAGCCUGAUUGGCUAACUACAGUUUUUUUUGUAAUCUGAUUGGCUAUUCAUACUUUAAUUAUAUAUUGAUUGGCUAGCCAUAUUAGCCUGAUUGGCUAGCUAGCCAAUACUCUGUUUGUUAUACUCUAGUUAUAGUCUAAUUGGCUAUUCUUAAUUCAGUUACAUUCUGAUUGGCUAUCCCUACUUUAGUUAUACUCUGAUUGGCUAGCCGCACUUCAGUUACACCCUGAUUGGCUAGCCGCACUUCAAUUAUACUUUGAUUAGCUAUCAGUACUUCAGUUACACUCUAAUUGGCUAUCAGUAAUUUAUUUACAGUCUGAUUGGCUAGCUGCAUUUCAGCUACACUCUGAUUGGUUAUCAGUACUUCAGCUAUAUUGGCUUACUACUCUUCAGCUACACUCUGAUUGGCUAUCUGCACUUCAGUUCCACCCUGAUUGGCUAGCCGCACUUCAAUUAUACUCUGAUUGACUAUCAGUACUUUUGCUACACACUGAUUGGCUAUCAGUAAUUCAGUUUUACUCUAAUUGGCUAUCAGUAAUUUAUUUACAGUCUGAUUGGCUAGCUGCAUUUCACUAUUACUUCAGCUAAAUUGGCUUACUACUCUUCAGCUACACUCUGAUUGGCUAUCUGCACUUCAGUUGCACCCUGAUUGGCUAUCCAUACUUCUGUUACACUCUGAUUGGCUAGCCACACUUCAAUUAUACUCUGAUUGGCUAUCAGUACUUUAGCUACACACUGAUUGGGUAUCAGUAAUUCAGUUAUACUCUAAUUGGGUGCCCAUACUUCAGCUACACUCUGAUUGGCUAUCUGCACUUCAGUUCCACCCUGGUUGGCAAUCCAUACUUCUGGUACACUUUGAUUGGCUAUCAGUAUUUUAAUUACACUCUUAUUGGCUAUCAGUACUUCAGUUACACUCUGACUGGCUCUGAUUGGCUAUCAGUCGUUCAGUUACAGCUUGAUUGGCUAGCCGCACUUCAAUUAUACUCUGAUUGGCUAUCGGUACUUUAGCUACACACUGAUUGGCUAUCAGUAAUUCAGUUUUACUCUAAUUGGCUAUCCAUACUUCUCUUGCAUUCUGAUUGGCUAUCAGUACUUCAGUUACACUCUGACUGGCUAGCUGCAUUUCAAUUAUACUCUGAUUGGCUGUCCAUACUUCAGUUACACUCUGAUUGGCUACCAGUACUUCAGUCACAAUCUGAUUGGCUAUCAGUACUUAGUUACACUCUGAUUAGCUACCAGUACUUUAGUCACACUUUGAUUUGCUAGCCAUAUUUCAGAUACACUCUGAUUGGCUACACAUACUUAACCUACACUCUUAUUGGCUAUAAGCACUUAACUUACCCUCUGAUUGGCUUAUUGGCUGUCAGUACUUCAGUCACACUCUGAUUGGCUUACUACUCUUCAGCUACACUCUGAUUGGCUAUCAGUACUUCACUUACACUCUGAUUUGCUAGCCAUACUUACACUCUGAUUGGCCGCAAGUUCUUCAAUUACAUUAUUAUAGGCUAGCCAUACACCAAUUCGCACACUCCGAUUAGUUCUUUAGUUCUUUGUACCUCUGAUUCACUCUGAUUGGCUCUCAGUUGUUCAAUUGCUUUCUGAUUGGCUAGCCACACUCCAGUUACACUCAGAAUGAGAAGCUACAGACAGACAGACAUAAUUAGACAGACAGACAGUCCCGUUUAUAAGUAAUUGAACAACAGAUUUUUAAAACGUAUGUCUGUAUUUUAUAUAUUUGAGAAAACUGAAUCAUGAGCUCCCUGUAACAUUACACCCCUAAUCAUCAUCAACAUCAACACAAUCAUCAUCCUCAUCAUCAUCAUCAUCAUCAAUCAGGACCGAGAUGAUAUGAGCACACACCAGGCUGCUUACUGCUCUAAACAAUCCACUAUUUCCAUUAUUCUCCAUGAUUCUGUGAGAGAAACUGAAUGUAAAUGAGGAGUGAUGGAGGAGGAGUCUGUCUCUGUACAGGUUCUGAUGGUUUGUAAGAGCACAGGAGGGCACAGACCGUUUAUAGCUUGUAAUUUACUGCCUCAGAAAAGUCGUUUUUUGGAAAUUGAAUGUUUUUAGAGUUUCAUUUUCUGUGCUUUUUUAAAAAAAUGUAACAUUGAGGUCAAUUAAAUUUGUCACGUUUUGUUUUCA